AUGGAGUAUAUAUUUAUAUUAAUAGUUAUAGUUAAUUUACCAGUACUAAUUACAGGUCAAUAUACUAUAAGAGGAGUUCCUGAAAGUUAUGCAGUGUUAGGUGAAAAUUAUAGAUUACAAUGUGAUGUUACAGAUUCACCUUCUGGAGUAGAGUUCCGUAGAAACAAUAUUGUUGUAUGUAAUAUGAUAAACUGUGAGAGUAGUUCAACAGAUAAUAGAUAUAAAUGUCGAUGUAUAAAUAAUAACAACAAACAACUAUAUCUCAAUAUAAGUAAUAUAAAUAAACAAGAUGAUACAACAUGGUCUUGUAGAGAUGGUCCAGAGAAUAUAAGAUUUAACCCUACUAGUGAUAAUAUAGAUGUUAUAGAAGGAAAGAGUCAGAGUGUCAACUGUUUAGCUGAUUGUAAACCAGAUUGUAACAUCAACUGGUCUAAAGAUGGUUCAACAACAAUUCUAAAUAACCCUUUAUCACUUAGUACUAGAAAUCAAACUGGUUCUUAUACCUGUACAUUUACACAUACUGUAUUAAAUAAACAACUUACAAAACAACUUAAUGUUCAGAUUUAUUAUGGUCCUGAUGAACUGACUUUCUCACCAGAUGUAACAAGUAUCAAUAUAAUAGAAGGUAGAGAUCAAACUAUAACAUGUUUAACUGAUUGUUAUCAGUGUAAUUAUAAAUGGACUGGACCUGUUUCAUCACCAACUAAAGAUCUUGUAUUGACUCAAAUAAAAAGAAAUCAGGAAGGAAACUAUAGAUGUGAAGCUACCAAUAUUAAAAAUACCAUCCCUAAAACAAGAUCUAAAUCUAUACAAGUUAAUGUACAUUAUCCACCUGAUAUAACCAGUGUAACAUCUGAUGCUGUAAAUAACGAAACUGAUGAAGGUUCUGAUAUCACAUUAAACUGUAAUGUUGAUAGUAAACCAGUAUCUACUGUAACCUGGUCAUCUUCUACUAGUACUGAUACUAACACUGGUCAACAGUGGACAUUAACACAAGCAAAAUGUCAGGAUACAGGAAUCUAUACAUGUACAGCUAAUAAUGGUAUUGGUCAAUCAACUACUAAAUCCUUACCAUUAAAUAUUAGAUGUAAGUUUAUGUUAAGUCAGUAUACUAUAAUCUAUACAUGUACAACUAAUAAUGGUAUUGGUCAGUCAACUACUAAAUCUUUACCAUUAAAUAUUAGAUGUCCACCAAUACUUAAAGAAGAACUGAAGAAAGAAAAAAGAGGAAAAAUUGGAGAAAUGGUAUUAUUAGAAAUAAAUAUAGAAGCUUAUCCUGAACCAAGUUUUAUAUGGAAACAGUUGAUGUCUGAUGUAGAAUAUCCCUUUGUUAAAACAGAGAAAGUUUCUGAAAAUAAUUUUAUAUCCACAUUAGAAUUGAUAUUAGAUCAAUCAUCGUUUGGUUAUUAUAUAAUUACUGUACAAAAUAUUAUUAAUGGUGAAACUAAAGCAAAAACCUGGGGAAUAAAAAUCAUUGAACUCGACCCUGGAACAAUAUCUUAUGAACAAUCUGGAUAUCAGGAAGGUUUAGGAACUGGUAUUGGAAUUGGUAUUGGAAUAUCUGUUAUGUGUUUAUUUCUGGUUUUACUAACAAUAUUUAUAUAUAGAAAAUAUCAUCCAGCCAAUAAGAAAUUACCAGAAGAAAGUUGA